AUGUAUCGUAAUAAGAAAUAUGCGAAGUUGGUGAUUUAUAUGGAAACGUGUUAUUCAGGUGAUUGUUUUGAAAAGCCGUGGCUAGAUGAUUUGGAUAGUAAAAAUGAUCCAGACGAAACACUGCAACAGCAAUACGAGUAUAUAUACAAAACUAGUUCUGUGGUCAGGGAGAAAAUUAGACUUGAAUACAAUGUCUCAGUGCCGCUCCCCGAGUACCCAGUACAAUUUGGCGAUUUGCGAAUUGCUAAAUUAAAAGUAUCGCAAUUCUUCAGCAAUUGA